UUUACGCAUAUUGAGUUGUUUCCUUAUUGCACUGCUCCAAAACAGCUGAUCGUUGUCCUCUUUUUGCUUUUGCUUUGCUGACUAUUGUUAAAUCAAUAGUUAUUCGCUGCCAAGGCGAUAAUUGAAAAGGUGUUGAAACACCUGAAGUGUUUUCUUGCUGUGCACGCAAUCCAUAUUUCAUUCACAUGCCAGCACACAGCGAUGUCCAACUUUUUGGGGCAGUUGCCGGAGCAUUUGCAGGAGAUUGCCAGGCAGGUCAAUGUGCUCACCCCGGAGGCAAUCUUAACUACGCCCAGGAUUAAGUUUCUGGACACACGUUCGUUUGAGUUGGAUACUUGUGUGCACAGCUGCAGUCCAGAGGAUGUGCGCAUUCUCAAGGAUGCAGCGGCCAAGUGGCUGGCUGAAACGCCCACGUCAGCGGAUGCACUAUUCAAAAUCCCCGCCCGCUUGAAGUGGUCCCGCCUCACCUUUGGCUGUUCAUCGCUGGAUGAGUGCACUGGCGGCGGAAUUUCGAUACGUGGCAUAACUGAAAUCUGUGGUGCCUCGGGUGUCGGCAAGUCCCAAAUCCUCUUGCAGCUGUCGAUCAGUGUGCAACUGCCGCCAAGACUCGGUGGCCUGGGCAAAGGUGUGGCAUUCAUUUGCACCGAGGAUGUGUUUCCGUCCCGUCGCCUGCUGCAGAUAAGCAAAGCUUUCGAGGCACGCUAUCCCGAGGAGCAGCUUAAUUUUUUGGGCAACAUCUUUAUUGAGCAUCAGUAUGAAAGCCAACCACUGUUGGACUGUGUGAAGAAUCGGCUGUCACAGCUGCUGCAGGAACACAGCAUUGGUCUGAUCAUCAUUGACUCGGUGGCUGCCAUUUUUCGGCUGUACACCGACUUUGAUGACCGUGCUCGGGACAUGCGCCGCAUGGUGCAUGCGCUGCUCAGCUAUGCGGACAAGUAUGGCUGUGCUGUGGUGUGCACCAACCAGAUGACUGCCAGCGGGCAGGCGGAUCACAAUGCGCUGCAGGAUGUGCCUUGCCUGGGCUUACAGUGGUCGAAUUUGGGCCGGACACGUAUUCGCAUCUCCAGGGUGCCCAAGCAGUACAAGCAGGGGGAUCAGUUGAUCACCGUUCGCAAAAUGGAAAUCCUGUAUUCACCGGAGACUCCGAAUGCAUUCGCCGAGUUUCUAAUCACCACCGAAGGCGUUGUAAAUGUGCCAAGACCAAUUCGUUCCCAUGGCAAAAGUAAAAAACCUUCUGAUUUAAGUUGCUGAAUUGUUUAUUUUAAUUUGUGAAUUUAAAAUAUGCAACGGCUGCUGAACCGUGCCAUAUG